UUUUGCAAAUCUUUUCAGUUUAUAGGCAACAUAUCUAACUUUCAUAAUUUAGGAAGAUUUCUUCACUCAUUGCAUUAAGUAUGGAUACUUCUGCCUUCACGAUAGUAGUUCGAACCCCGAAUAGUAAAGAUAUGAGUAUUCAGUUGAAUUCCAGCUCGACAAUUCAUGAACUGAAACGAAAAAUCCAAUGUGAUCAUCCAGGGUCCCCUAAAAUUGAUCGCCAGAGGUUGAUUUAUAAUGGAAGAAUGCUAAUUGACCAUCAUAAGAUUGAUACUGUGAUAAAAGAGAGCAACACCGUCAUUCAUCUGGUCUAUUCUGUGGAUGAAACAAAUAAAAUUUCAACGAGUACUGAAUUGCCUUCACCGUCACCUCCAGAGAUACGUCAGAGAAUUCAUUCAAAUCCUGUGGAAACCCCAGCUACCCAUUCUUAUCAUGGUAACACCAGCCAGACACAUCAUGCUUAUGCAGCGUGGAUGCAACACUAUCAACAGCAAUAUAAUUACUACAUGCAGUUUUAUGCUGGACAGAACCACCCAAUGCAUGCCAGACCAGCUCAAGAUCCGGGAACCUUGCCUGAUGUGAAUCCAGAUAACGCUCAACCACAGGUUGCUGCUGCUCCUGCCCAAGAACCUGCUGAAAUCAGGGAUGCGCAAGGGCGUCCCAUGAUUGCAGAUGAUGAUAAUGGUCAAGACUGGUUAGAUGUUAUGUUUGCAUUCACAAGGUUCGGUCUCAUGUUGAGCAUCAUCUAUUUCUAUUCGUCAACGUACAGAUUUAUUAUAGCCGUCUCUCUUCUGCUUGUCAUUUAUUUAUACCAAGCUGGAGUGUUUCGUGUCAACCGAAGGCCUCGCGUACCACAAAAUGCGGAUCCUAACAAUGCCGAACAACAGCAACGUGAUGAUAAUAAUAAUAACAGUGGUGAAUCAGGAGAUGAUGAACAAAAUACCUCUGAACAAGAUAAUACCCCUCCCCCACCGCCAAGUAUUUUUGCCACCGCUUUUUGCUUCAUUCGUUCAUUUUUCUCUUCACUGGUUCCUACUGGAGCUCCUGGCGUUGUAAAUUAGUCUUACCUGGUCAUUUUUAUGUUCAUUUCUUUAAUCUUCGCUUCACAUGUUUUGUUCAUUUUAUUUUGCGGUUGCUGUUAGAUAGUAUUAAACGAGGCAAUUGUUCAUUAGUUUUCCUAUUUUUUUCAUUAUGUUUUUCUUUAGUCAUGACAAAUUUAUAAGUAUAUGUGGGCAAUAUUAGCCACAUAUGAUUUGACAACACAGGACAUUGCCAUUUCCAGCUUUUCUAAAUACGACAUAUAAUAAUUUUAUCUCUCAUUGAUUAGAAAUUGAUCUCUGCCGUUAACUCGUCAUAGAUGGAAUAUGGCUCAGCGUGUAAGGUUUUGAUGAAAUCGCAUUUUAUAGAGAUUUUUUGGAACCAAUUUUAAAGCAUGGUGCUUUAAAAGGUAAAUGUUAUUUGGUGGUACAUUCUGGGUUUGAGAUAACUUUAUGCAAAUUUUGAAUUUAUAGAAAGCAUUUGAAGUAGUGGUGAAAUUAUUGGUAUGUGGAAGGUUAUCCCCCUAAUUAAUACCAUACUGAUCCAUAUUCGGAUAUUUUGCAAUUGUAUGUACUAAGAGUUCAGAAUUAUUCAGUCAAUAUAAAUCAUAUCAACUUUAUAAUUAUGUUAUAAGAUAUAAGCUUGUACAUAUGUCUGUAAAAUAUUAUUAUUUGUUUGACCAGCGUUAGCUGGAGAAUUGAAAUAUAUAUGCCUGUAAUAAGGUUGGCAAUGAAAAUAAAGAAAUUGUAAAAUUUG